AUGGCAUCAAGGCUGGCCGUGGCACAGGCCAUUCGCGCAGAGACCACCGGAGACGAGCUAAUUGACUUGCUUGUUUUCGCGGUGCGCAUGCCCGAGACCCAGCUGGCUGUUCUUCAGGAAGCUGAUACCAACAAGUUCAUCGUGGACUUUGUGCGCCAGCUAAAGGCUGCAGGCUCUGCUGAGUCCACUCUCCUAGACGCAUUUCACAAGCUUGGAGCUUUGUUUGAGGAGGUCGUGGAGGACAACAAAAAAACGGUGAAACUGCUUGUGAAGCAGAACAAAAAGAUGAUGGAGGAGAUCUUCGCCUUGGAGUUCAGGGGUGCAAGCUCAUCACAACCCAAAACAACUGUGAAAGCAGGGUUGGACAUCAAUGGCCCAGAGAAUGUGAUUCCAGUCUAUGACACAGUGGGGAAGAUGCUGGACCAGCAGCGCAUCACUAUUGAGCCCACUGCACCAGGACCCCCCAUCUUCACGGUGCGUGUGCUGGACAAGUCACUGCUCCAGCCAGGCCAGUGGAUUGUACACACUGAUGAUGUGUGCAUGCUGUGGUCAGAACUAGAUGGCCGGGUCCUUGACUUCGGGGGCAUGGACUUUGGUGACAAAGGCCCUCCACUAUCAGCAUUGCUGUGUGCAAUCCAUAUGCGUGCAGCAUUGCUCACGGCUGAGAACUAUGAAUGGAUUGAGAAGGGUAGCCUCAAGGUACCCAGCUGGGCGCAGCAGCUGGCCAACUUUCCUACAGCAGGCUUUAUAGAAAGCUUCCUGCGGUCUGCUGCCCAGUCCGCCCUGGCUCCCCCAGCUACCACACCACCUGAUGAUGAGCCUGUUUUGAGCAGCAGCAGUGUUUAG